GGGAAGGAAGGGAACGAGGAUGGAAGGAAAGAAAGUAAGAAACAAAAAGAGCACAAGGCGGACAGGAAGGGCUUGAUGAAGAAAGAAAUGAAGGGACGAAGUGAGAAGAUGGGAGAAAUUGCAUAACUUCUUUAUUUCUAGAGGAUUAAAGUCUUUAAAGGAUAUUUUUGUUCCAUUCUCUUAUUUUCUUAUUUUUUUAUCAACUCCUAAAAAAUGCUGAAAUCAAAUUUCAGACGAGUCGAUAAUUUUCCAGACUGCAUGGAAACCCUGUAAAACUCAUGAUUUCACGAGUGUUUUUUUUUGUUUGUUUGUUUGUUUUUUUGUUUUUGUUUUUUGCCACCCCAAUAAUUUAAACGGCCCUAGCUACAGCCACUCCUUAAAGAACUUUCUGGGAGCGAGCUUGGCAAAAGAUGCGUGUUGGUGGGGCGGCUGGUGGGCGGUGGUCUUGUCUAAUAUUAAAUGCAACUGACGGCCCCAUUCAACCUUGGGCCGACCCUGAACGCAACGCGGAGCAGACCUGUUGAAUCGGUUCGUUCUGAAUCUUUUUUAAACUUGACUCCCCCGUUUCAGAGUGAGGAUCAUGACUUUCUGAGGGUGGAGAUUUCCUCCGCGGAUGAUUCUGCUGAGCGCUGCUCUGAAGAUGGGCGCGGAUCGUUUGCUCUGGGGGAAAAAAACAUGACGAUGUGAGCAGCUGAGAAGAAGGAAGGAGCGGAUAGUUUUCAGACAGCUUCUGAUGAUGCCGUCAUCGAUUUCGGAGAGGUGCUGCGUUCCUCGGUUUUAGGCGGCGUGCCGGACGCUGACGAGCGGGCCGUGCGUCUUGGAGAGGGCAGGGACGCCGGAGACGCGCAGCAUCAGCACCAACAUCAGCAGCUCCUCACGCUCUGCUCGGGUUCGGUUCACCCAGCAGCCUUCGUUGGCUCUCAGAGCGAACCGUGGGAUGCGCACCACCGACCACCUCCAUCUCUGCGUCUCUCCCUGAGAUCCCAUCAAGUCAUGUCUGAAACAGAGCGAUGGGCAAGUUCGACGACAACGAGAGGAUAAUCCUCAACGUCGGGGGCACCAGGCACGAAACCUACAAGAGCACCCUGAAGACCCUGCCGGGGACGCGACUGGCACUGCUUGCCUCCGACUCGGACAUCGACUCCGUGCUGGAUCAGCUGCAACAAGUCCCCGGCUUCAUCGAGUACAACGCGCGGACCAACGAGUACUUCUUCGACCGCCACCCCGGCGUCUUCGCCUACGUGCUCAACUACUACCGCACCGGGAAGCUCCACUGCCCGGCGGACGUGUGCGGACCGCUGUUCGAGGAGGAGCUCUCCUUCUGGGGCAUCGAUGAGACGGACGUGGAGCCCUGCUGCUGGAUGACCUACCGGCAGCACCGGGACGCGGAAGAGGCGCUGGACGUGUUCGAGCUCAACGUGGACACCGGCGAGGAGGACGACGAGAUUGGGAAAAGGCUGGGGAUCGAGGACCUGGCCGCGGACGGGAACGUCAGCCUGUGGAGGAAGUGGCAGCCGGUGAUCUGGAACCUGUUCGAGGAUCCGUAUUCGUCCAGGGCUGCGCGGUUUAUUGCCUUUGCAUCUUUGUUCUUCAUCCUGGUUUCCAUCACCACCUUCUGCCUGGAGACCCAUGAGGCUUUCAACAAAAUCAUCAACAAGACUGAUGUGCGGAACAGCAGCGAGCCUGACCCGGUUCCACAGUACGAGAUUGAAACUGAUCCUGCGCUCACGUAUGUGGAGGGCGUUUGCGUGUUCUGGUUCACCAUCGAGUUUCUCGUGCGGGUGACUUUCUGUCCAGUCAAGUUGGAGUUUGUUAAGAGUGUUCUCAACAUCAUCGACUUUGUGGCAAUUCUGCCCUUUUACCUGGAGGUGGGGCUGAGUGGCCUUUCUUCAAAGGCCGCCAAGGACGUGUUGGGUUUUCUCAGGGUGGUGCGUUUUGUUCGGAUUCUACGUAUCUUCAAGCUAACACGUCAUUUUGUAGGCCUUAGGGUUCUGGGCCAUACAUUACGGGCCAGCACCAACGAAUUUCUGCUGCUAAUCAUUUUCCUGGCAUUGGGAGUUUUGAUCUUUGCCACCAUGAUAUAUUACGCCGAAAGAAUUGGUGCCAAGCCCAAUGACCCCACAGCCACGGACCACACCAAGUUCAAGAACAUCCCCAUUGGCUUCUGGUGGGCCGUGGUGACCAUGACUACUUUAGGCUAUGGGGACAUGUAUCCAGAGACCUGGUCAGGCAUGGUGGUGGGAGCGUUGUGUGCUUUAGCUGGCGUACUGACGAUAGCCAUGCCUGUCCCUGUUAUCGUCAAUAACUUUGGAAUGUACUACUCUUUGGCCAUGGCUAAGCAGAAGCUACCCAAGAAGAGGAAGAAACACAUCCCUCAGGCAGUGCAGGGAAGUUCGCCGACAUACUGUAAAGGUGACCUCAACACAACUUGCAACAGCACUCAAGGUGACUUGUGCCAUGUCAAAGGGGGUAGAUUACUAGAACGCAACCGUUCAGUUCUGUCAGCAGACUGCAGCGCUGGCAGCGACCUGAGCAUGUCUCUGGAGGAGAUGGUCCCCAUGCGACGGUCCAGUACCCGGGAACAUGACCGUCGAAGUGGGGGGACUUGUUUCUUGCUUGCUGCUAGUGACUAUACGUGUCCUGCUGAUGGAGGGAUGAGAAAAACAGGUAACUGCAUGUGCUAUGAGAAAUCCCGGAGCUUAAACAACAUUUCUGGCAUGGCCGGUAACGCCCUGAGGUUGUCUCCUGUGAACUCGCCCUACGGAUCACCCUGCCCGCUGCGCCGCUCCCGCUCCCCUAUCCCAUCCAUCCUGUGAGGCAUCCAGCCCUUGGCUGCUCCACAUCUUCCCCCUAAAAAGAACACCAUCCCUUGACAUAAUAUCUGAACUCUUCAUUUUCUCGUGAUGAUAAGCCACAUUGCUUACAUUGCAGCUGAGACUAAUGUUGAUAACCUGCCAAUCAUAGCAAGUGGAAGGAACAUGCGCUAACAUCCUUAAGUAACAUGAUUGUUCUGCUUUGUCACUUGGAGUUCCCUUUAGUUUGAUGGUGUUGUAAUUUGAGACUUGCAAUAACGGAACUCUGACUGAAGUAGCAGCCAUACACACAUGAUCUAUGUUACUAAUCAGGGAUCUUAGAUGUCGCUGUAUUUAGAUAUCAUCAACAAAGACGUGCUUCCAGGAACAAACAUAAAAAAAUAGAAAAAGAGAUGUUCCAACAUUUCAACCAGACAUCACAUGACUGUAACUUUGCUUUAUGAUUUGGUGUUAUUUUGGGGUUUGAAAAUGUGAUGGAAUGGUGCAAAGACACAAAGAGCGUAGGUUUCAGCUCACUCGAGUGCCAACAGCCGGGCCUGCUCAUGUUUGGGCAUGGAUGUUCUUUGGCAAACAGUGCAAAGGAGGGAGGAGGGGCUGAGAGGCGUGCGUUCAGAACGGAUUGAGGAUUUAUGUGCAAGCAUACACAAAGAUGUGUCAUUAUUUCAGUUGUAUGCCAUUGGCAUUAUAUUUUUGCUUUCUCAAGUUUUUUUCCACUGAGUGCCACCAAACCUGCUGUGUUUCUGGUUGUUUACUGGCAGAUAACUGCAAAGAGGUGGUCUUUACUGGUUUCACACAAGCAGAGAGCAGCGUUCUAUCUUAAUGGGAGACGAAACCACCAUGGCAGAAAGGUAACCAUCUGACAGGGGCUGUGCGCAUCAGCUUUCCGUUCAGAACAGAUUUUGGUUUGUUGUUUGAGUCUCCUUACUAUAGAGGAGUUCAUUGUAGUUAAUGGAAUAUACUGGUAUUCUGUUAUAGAGACAAGCACAAGGCUUCAAGAAGUCACAUGUAGCAUUCUUUCAAUAAACUAUUACAAAAUUAUUACGAUCACAGAAAUAUGUAUAUAUACAUAAUUGCAUAUGCAAACAAACAAGGAAACUUAGCAUCUAAUGUCCCCAGGCAUGGGUUGGUAUGAGAUGCAAUGCUUUUUUUUUUUACUAUUAGUCAGGUCUGUCAACACAACAGUGCAUCUCAAGAACUGCUUCCUUUCCUGCUUCGAAAUAAGGGUCACAAACUUAGAACAGGGCGUCAACUUUAAAGGAACACCACCAAUCACUUAGGGAUUCAAACAAACAAAACUAAGUUUUUAGUCUUAGACAUGUAAUUUCUUUUCUAGAAACGUAAUUAUGAAAUGAAUUACAUUGAAUGUUUUGGUUCUGACACACAAUCGGCAAUUCAUUGUUAAAGUAUUAAGUAUUAAAGUGCUUUCAUUAGGAGUCUUGGUAUGCGUGGAAUUAUUAUUAUUAUUAUCAUUAUUAUUAUUAUUAUUAACUAGAUAUUCCGCUUCAGUCAGACAGUAACUGGACUGAGGCAAGUUUGCAACAAUACUCUACAGAGUGCAAACUGUAGGAAUGAUAGGAUGGAAAAUAUUUUGCGUUUUUGAUCCUCAGACAAAUUUGACAAAAUUGGCGGUGUAAAACCAGCCCAUGCCUAGACCUUACUAGGGUGCUUUGGAAAAUGCUAACUCAGCAGCGGGUUUGUUCUUUGCAAAAGAAAGGAGAGCCUCCUGAACCCGAUGAAUAAGGCCUACUCAGUGUGAAAAAGGCUCUCAGUGUUUCAUAUAAAGUCUCAUAUGGAACCGCACGCACACAUGAUGCUGUUUCACCCAGACAGGCACGCGUUGCCUCUGCAACAGGUGACAGGCCACAGAUAGAACCCUGCAGCACUGUUGUGCCUCACCCAAUCCCCACAGUUUGUCUUUACCAGUAGCGUGCGGUUGCUUGGCAACUAGCUCACAGCAAGAUGCAUCUUACACAUAGCUUGGCAAAAACUCAGUUAAAAAAAGAAUGUUUUUUUUUUUUUUUCCUUUUGUCUUCACUGCAAACCGUUUAUUCAUCACCCUCCCUCCCCUUAAACCACUGACGUGUGUAACAGAGUUUGUAGGGUCUCAUGUCGUGUUGUAAAUCUGUGCACACACACACACACACACACAUGACCAACAUGUGCAUGGCAAGGUUUUUUUUUUGAGAUCCACGUGUCCAUGUUUCACUGAGACCAUUCAUUCCUGUUUGAAUGCCAGUGGGAUAAGAUGGUCAUCAGUAAUGACGACCCAUUGCGGCAGAAGACCCCCAUUCGGAGCCACGAGGCCACUGCCCCAGGACAACAUGGAGGAGCCUGCGCAGGAGCUAAUGACUGACAGCCACCCAGCUUAAUGUUCUGCCAACAAGAAAGGGACUUAAAAAAAAGAUUUCUGGGAGGACUUUAGUAAGUGAAGCCCUCUCACGUUACCCUGACUUCUCUAUUUUUUUCUUUUCUUGUUAUGGAACUGGAUAGAAAAAAAACAGGUCCUUAAAAAGGGAGUUGAUCUAACAGACGUUGCUCCUGUAAAUACACCAACUGCAGCAUAUCUGGGCCAAACGGCUCUGUCCACACAUCUGUAUUUUGAUGGUGAGUCGGGUCUCAAGGUGGAUGGUACGGUGACUACGUAGUGUCGUAGCACUCGGCAUCAAUCACUUUUCUAGCUGUGGUAUCUUCUUCCCAUUGCAAUAAGUGUAUUAAGAUGUAUCAGUUGAGGCACUUUGUGUUUUGAAAAAUGGAGUGUAAUCGUACUCUACUCUAAGGUAUAUACAGUGUAGAGAGACAUAUGUGCAAAGUUGAAUAAAUACAGCGUCACAGUUAUCUCUGCUUAUUUAUUAUUUGGUAACAUCCGACCCUGUCCACGCUAAUGCGGGUAUUUUAGAAAAGAGAUUUUUUUCCCCCUUUCACUCUUCACAUCCACACCCAAAUUGUGUUUUUAUUGGAAAGACUCUGAGAUUUUAAAAAAAAUAAUUUGGGCUGUAUACAUACUGACUGGAUUUCGGGAAACAUUAUUAACAGGAACAAAGAGCCGACACAGCACAUUCUAACUUUGACUUUUUGUGCCAGAUAGCCUUCCAGGUCAGUUCACCCUUUGCCUAAUUCGUACCCCAUUCAAGCAAUGCCAUUUUAUUCCUUACUAUCUCCAAUUCAGAUCUAUAAACAAACAACUAUUUAUCCAUAUCCUUAAACCAUGGUGUAUUGACUUUUUUUGUUUUAGUUAAGUAUUUUCAAAUAAAGUAAAGGCAUGUAUAGACCCUCCAGUGAGUUCUGGGCCUGCCCGGAUAUUCUCCAUCCAAUGGGACUUGCCCAGAAAAGCUUCAAAGGGAAAAACUUAGUGAUAGUGGAACUGUAUGUUUUCUAUCUGCAGAUAAUGGUGGCUCAACUCUAAGCUCCAUCAGAUGACAGAGCUCCUCAUACUAUAUCUAGGAGUGAACCCAGCCAUCCUUUGGAGCAAGUUCAUUUCCACUGCUUAUAUCAGGGAUCUUGUUCUUUCCUUUAUGAUACAUAUGUCACAACUACAGGUGACAGCUGGAACCACGACAGGAAAAUAAAGAACUUUGCUUUUUGGCUGAUCUUGUUCUUAACUCGAACGAACUGAAGCUGCAAUUGCAAGACUGAACUCCUACAAGGCUAGGGGCUAUGUUUUGUGGUACUUUGGUGACUAGUAAGGGCCACCAAUGGCAAACUGGCCUCAAGGAGAGGGGUCAUAUGAGGAAUAAUUUGAAGACUUUAAUGAAUAGCUGGUCCCAGGAAAUGGCAAAGGCUUAGCUGACCCCAUAAAAGCUACAGCCCCUUCCAGGUAUGCUUGGUCUCUGCAGGAGUGGACGUAGAAUAAUUACAAUAGGAGUUAGGUAGCAAGCUAAGGCGAGGACCUAAGCGUGCUAAUGUCUUCAUUCCGAUUUAUUUAGGUUUGGAUUUCUGUUCUGCCCAACUGACUCAUAAAGUACCACAGUUUAUGAUUUUUGAUCAGACCAGACAGAAAUAGCUUUACAGCACCACCUCUUGGUCAUGUCACCUAAUUCUCUAGUUCUACGUAAUGACAUGAAUAUAUAUAAAAUGUAUAGAAAUUCAGUUGUCAGAACAGGUAUGAAACAUCUGCAAAUCAGCUGUAAAUUGCCACAUGAGGGUGCAAAUAGAGGACACCAUUGUGGAUUGGAAAAGGCCAGUUCCUAAAUGAUCAAAACUGUAAAGGUGCAAAAUGGCAUUGCUGUGAAAGGCUUCAAAAGCCAUGAAAGAUAACAGUCCAAAAUUUUGAAGAAAUAUAUAUGUCUACCUCUGCGUGCACUGGACUUCAAAUUUAAGAGAAAACACUGUUUACCACUUCUUUAGCCAUGGCCAUCUUUUAUUUCUUUUAUAUUUUAGUGAAGUGAACAUUGACGAUAUUGCCAACUACUGUUGCAGAAUUGGUGUAACAGCUUUUUUCGAUUGAAGUUUCGUAAAACAUGCAGAUUAAAGAGGGGGAAAAAUCUGUUUUAAAAAUAUUUGGUGUAGUUUAGCUGGGGCCUCAGUUGGUUAACUGAUCUACUGUAUGUAAAUGUAAGUAUGUCUGUCUAUGCGUGUCCUAAAACUCUAGAUAGAGAGCUGCUGUUUGAAACACUAGGUCAGGGAAGACCAGUGAGUGGACCUGAUGCUGAAUCUUCCAUUUAGUUUUAGCACAAACCUGAAUGAGACAGAGCUUCA